AUGGGGAGCUUUGAAUGUCUGUCUGACCAUAUUGACAUUGAUUUGGAGCGAGUGAGGAUUACAUCUUCCAACAACAACAGCAGUGAUGAGGAGGACCUAGCGUUACGACUCUACCAAAGUUUCGAGCGUCAAAGGCCUUUUAAUUUUUCCAAACUCAACACUCUAGAUGAGUGGAAGAAUACUGUCAAUGUUCUAAGUUCUUCUUCUGCAACUACUCUAGAUGAUGAAGAAUGGUCGAGAAUACUCUCGUUGAGUUACAAUCAUUUGCCCCACAACUUGAAAGCUUGUUUAUUAUAUUUGGGAGUUUUUUUUCCAGAAGAUCAUGAGAUCUAUGCUAAAGAACUUGCAAGGUUAUGGCAUGCAGAAGGACUCGUAAGGGCAUUUAAGAAUGAAAACUUUGAUGCACUGGCAAACAGAGAAGCUCAAAAUGAGAACCUUUUGCAUGUUGUCAAGAGUGAAAAUAAUUCUAAUUUUCCUCAAAAAGGUUUUCGUUGGAGAUCCUACAUCAGUUUUUUGAGGGGGAAAUCAUUUUCAAUUUUUAGUAAUAACAAUCUACUGAGAGUACUCUUCUGCUAUGAUAGACUUGUCAACCACAAAAUUAUUGUGGAUUUGGUCCAUUUGAGAUUCCUAAGAGUUGGAAAUGAUAUAGAACUGUCCAGGGCUCAUGGAUUCCUAAAGUCAAGAUGUAGAGAGAGUAUAGAAUUGUCAAGUUCUUGGAAUAUUCAAACACUUGAUGGUUAUGGAGUUGUAUCAUAUAGAUUAGAUGAAGGAAGGAAGUAUUUGGAGUUUCCACAACUACACUAUAUUCGUUGCAAUAAGUAUUUUUGUGGAAAUCCUCCCAAUUUUGUUCAUAAAGUUGAUUGGAUAAGAAUUGAAGAUUGCUCAGAAGAAUACGUUACAAAUAUUCCAUGCUUGAAGAAGGUACAUAUUAUUGAAUGUGAAGGCAAAAAGAGUAAUGCCAGCUACAUUGCGAACUUAGCCUAUUUAGAGCAGCUCGAGAGACUUCGGAUUUCAGGUAUGGGUGAAACACAUAUUCCAAUUAUUAGUGAUAUUGUUCUCUUGAAAAACCUAAGGAAGUUGGCAUUAGAUGGUAUGUGUUUUGAGUGGGAGGAAAUUAAUAUUCUUAGCACGUUGGCUAGGCUAGAGGUGCUGAAGUUACAUUGGAGGUCAUGCGUAGGCAAAGAAUGGGAAAUACAAGAGGAAGUGCUAUUUUGCCGGUUAAUUGCUUUAGUCAUCAUUGAUUGUGAUCUCAAGCAUUGGAAAGCUAGUAGUCAUAAUUUCCCAAAACUUGAGCACCUAUUUCUUUGGCAGUGCCAUAGAUUGAGAGAAAUCCCAAUUGACUUUGCUGAAAUUUCAACAUUGAAGUCAAUCAAAGUACGGUUUUGUCUUCCUUCUGUUGUGAAAUCAGCCAAGAAAAUUCAGGAAGAGCGACGUGACUAUGGAAACUAUAAUAUGGUUGUUAUUGAGCAAGAUAAAAGGGGUUCGAAGGAAAACUUGAGCGAAGAAGAGUCUUCAGAAGUGAAUGAGUGAUGCCAAUAUAUUUUUGGGUCCACAAAUACUUUGUUGAUGGCCAGCGUGAUUAGGCUAAUUCGAUCUGCAUCUAUCUGGCUGGGGUUGGUGUGGUUGAUGAAUGCAAGUCGUUGAAAUUCCUGGAGUUGAAGGCUGAAACGAACUACAACACUGUUCAAGAUUAUAUUGAGAGAGCUGAUGAGGCAAUGCAAGCCAGGCUGUAGUACAGUGGUUGAAAGACUUGGGAGGCAUGAAGAGACUCGAUCAUGUCCAAUUCGCUAACAGCAUACCUGCAAACGAAUGUGGCUAUGCAGUUUUUGACUAUGAUUUCACCACUGAGGACAAAAAAGCAAGUUCUUCGCUUCUUUGUUAAUGUCAUUUUUACAGGUAGGGGCAGUUUGAAAUAUUAAUUAUCUCUGAUCUGAUUUCUCAGGCUAGCUCCUACUUAAUUGCUGAGUAAUAGCAG